ACCGCCCCCGCCUCAGGCUGGCCGCAGGAGCUCCCUGAGGGCCUGUGGUGUGUGGCGGAAGUGGUGCUCAGGGCAGGUCCCCUUCUUCGUCCCUGACUGUCAUGCUGCACUCUCUUCCCAGAAGAGCUGCUAAAUUUAGGAGUGCAUUUCUCUCUGAUGACCAGGGGCUGCCCGUAAGCAGACCUGUUGGGGCCCAGGCGGGAGCCCAGCCCUGCGGCCGAUCCCAGACCCCUGUUUCUGGAACAGGAGGGCAGAGUGUGCUGUGCACAGGCUCGCUGUCAGCUGCGCCCCACGGGAAGCUGCCCCUUCCUCAUGGGCACAGGUGGAGGGCACAGAGGGUGUCGAGGCCCCAGAGCAGCCCCUGGCCAUCGGAGGAACUGUGUCGCGCCUGAGGUCUGAUCCAGCUCCGGCCUCCCAGAAGGCAGGAAUCCCACUCCCAAAGACUCAUCAAGACCGGAGUGAGGUGAAGGGUCAUUGGCAUCUGUGGGUGUGCAUGCAGCCCAUGACUGGCGUUAUUCCACACUCAGGACAGACCCCUGCGUGAACGCUGCAUCCGCUGUCUCUGAGGAGAGACCCCGAGGCUCUGAAGGUCCAGUUUCUGCCCUGGGCUUGGUGGGGCGGGCACAGUGGGCCCUGGUUCUGUGCUGCUCCUGCAUUUUUUUGUGCCAGGUGUGGUCUGCAGUAUGACAGAGCCGUGCGACCACAGUGGGGCUCCUGAGCAAUGCUGGGGUUGAAGAUUCUCACCUGCAGGCCCUGGGCACCCGAGAACUAGGAACUCCUCCAACUCCCAUCUGGCCCUGGAGUCUGCAGCUCACCACAGGCUCUCCGCCUGCACUGCCGAGGGCUCUGGCCACCAGCCAGGAGGAAGGUAAGAGCAGAGAGGACGAAACCUUACCAAGCACUGCAGCUGACCAGAGCAGGUCCUGGUGAGGAGCUGACAGAGCUGGGGACAGGGCGCAGGGUCACUGCCCUCAGCCCCUCCUCCCUGUGACUCCACCUGGCCACCCUGGAACCUCCCUGGAAGAGACCCCGAGGUUCCUGUGGCUGUCUCGCAAGGUUUACUGGAUGGGGACAGCGACGCCCUCUGGCUUCCCAGAAACGUCUCCCAGCCGUGUCCAGGGCGGGCAGGUCCUUGGCCCCUCUCCCCCUCCUAGCGGCCCUGGAGGCCAACCCUGCCCUCUGGACACCAGGAAGCCAGCCUGUCCUCACCAACACGAAGCCCCGCCUCCAGAGCGCCAGCCUCACCGCUCCAUGCCUGCUGCGCCCACAGCCACCCUCUGGUCCCCAGCACCAUGGUCCCCUUCCCACCCCCGUUCUCCUCCCACCCCAGCGCCCAGUGGUCCUUCAUCCCAACAGAGGGGAAGCAGUGUCCUCCCGUGUCCUCCGAGUUUUCCCCAGCUGGCCCUGCCUCUCCUUCAGCCCUGGCCAUCUGACGGCCUCAGAGUCCCGAGGGCACACCAGGUGCCGCUCACCCCAGGGCCUCUGCAUGGCCCUCACACUCCCCAGGCACCGCCCCUCCAGUCUGCAUGGAAAAUCCUUCCGUGUGAGGCGAGGCCCAUCCAGUCGCAGCUGCCCAGCCUCAGCCACACCUGCCCCCUAAGUAGGCCCCCCGCCCACUGUAACCCUCUGCCGGGGCUCUUAGAGCCUUCGAAUGAGGACUCCAAGCUGUGCGUUGGUGCUGUCUCUCUCCCUGCUAACUGUGAGCUUUGCUGUCUGUGGGCGGCGGGGCUCCCCACUCCGGCCCCUGGAGACUUCGAGGGGAGGAAGAGCAGCAGGCCUGGGGGCGGAGAAGCUGCCCAGUGCUUUACCCUCAGGGCCACGCGGCGCUGCGCCCCGUCACAACCCCCUGAGACCCCACUGGACGCAUCCCCACCAUGUCUGCCACGCGUGACCAUGCUGCUCCGGCACUGUCUCAGCAUCUGCUGGCCCAGGCCACUAAAGAGGAAUCCGCUGGGCUUCACUGGAGUGGAGCUGAAUCUGCAGAUGAGUGAGAGCACAGCGGACCCGUGAGAGCCAGGCUCCCCCAGCAGGUCUCAGCUGCCGAGUCCUGGGGUUCACUCACAGUUCUGCACCCAGUGAUGCGCAUUAUUUUGAUGUUAGAUGAAUCCCUCGGUGCUUCGUUUUUGUCCACGUUGCAACAUAUUUUCAUCACACUUUCCAUCAGUGGAAUACAAGCACCACUGACUAUUACUAUUAUAACCAGAAACUGCUGGAGUCUGUCUUCAGACCUGACGGGUUCUCUUGGAUUGUUUUUGGUUUGCUACGUAGAAAGCCACAGGGCAGGAAAACAGGGACAGCCCCGUGGUCUCCUCAGCCAUCACGACAUGGCCAUGUCUUCUCCCUCCCCAACACGGCUGACAUCUCCGGGCGGGACAGGGACAGGCGGCUUGCUUUACAGUGGACAUGAAAGGGGCUUCCUUUCAUCUGUUUGCCACCACGCAGCUCGCUUUCUGGAGAAUCCUCUGAUCUAGUUUGCUUGCGAAAUCCUUCUCAUUGGGCUGCAAAGUUUCCAUUUUUUAUCCUCGUUGCUAAAUGAGUUUUAGAAAUACAAAUGAAUUUUCAUCAUUCAUUUUUUUGAAAUCCUAACCAUAGCGAUGAAAACAUCACGCCCUUUCCUCCUUUUGUCUAUCUGCUUGGUGUGUAAUGCUGACAACGCCUUCCCGUUCUGGGAGCGAACCCCAUCCACUCCCGACUUCCUAGCUUUGCAAGAGCUUGGUUUCUUUGUAUUUUGGGUGGGACUAUUGCAUUGGUCACAAAUAAAAUUGCUCUAA